GUGGAGCGGCGUUGCAGGAUCCUCCCCCCUCUCUCUUUUCCCCACCCUCGUUGCUGUCCUGAACCAGGUCAAUAGCACGUUCUCCUCGGUUCAACUGCCUGAUUGAUACCACAAGCCCUCGCAGAUAUGUCUGGCGAGAAGGAUAUCGAGCCUACUGCAGCUCCCAAGCUGGAACAUGAUACCGACUAUGAAGACAGUCACAAGCUCGCUGCCAACAAGGUCAUCAAUGACGCACGCCUGGCGUCAGACAAGGAGCGCAAGAUGACCCUCAUGCAGGGCAUCAAGCUCUAUCCCAAAGCCAUUGGCUGGUCGGUCCUCAUCAGCACAUGUAUCGUCAUGGAAGGCUACGAUGUCUGUCUGCUCAACAACUUUUUCGGUUUCCCGCAGUUCAAACAAAAGUAUGGCGAGCAACUUGCGGAUGGCACGUGGGAAAUCCCAGCACCAUGGCAGGCUGGAUUGUCCAAUGGAGUCAUUGUGGGCGAGAUCAUUGGGCUUUUCUUGAACGGAUGGAUCAGCGAGUGGAUUGGUUACCGCUAUACGGUAAUGGGAUGUCUGACUUUGAUCAUUGGCUUUACGACUAUCUUCUUCACUGCUCAGACGGUUGUGCAUCUGCUGAUUGCUGAGAUUCUCUGUGGUAUUCCGUGGGGUGUCUUCCAGACUCUUACUAUCACGUAUGCUUGCGAGGUUUGUCCCGUUGCCCUGCGUGGAUACUUAACAACAUAUGUCAACUUUUGCUGGGGUCUGGGUCAACUCAUUGGUAUCGGAGUCAUUCGCUCUCUCGUCGACCGGCCAGAUGAAUGGUCCUACCGCAUUCCCUACGCUCUGCAAUGGAUGUGGCCAGUUCCCCUCUUAAUCGGUGUCUUCCUCGCCCCCGAAUCCCCUUGGUGGCUCGUCCGCAAAGGUCGACUCGAAGACGCAAAGAAAUCGCUACUCCACCUCACCAGCCUUAACCGCGAGACCGAUUUUGACGCCGAAGAGACGAUUGCCAUGAUGGUCCACACGACCGCGCUCGAAGAGAAAAUCACCCAAGGUGCAAGCUACUGGGACUGCUUCAAGGGUACUGACUUGCGCCGCACAGAAAUCGUCUGCAUGGCUUGGGCAAUGCAGAAUCUCAGUGGCAAUGCUUUUUCCGGAUACUCGUCCUACUUCCUGCAACAAGCCGGUCUCUCACCUUCCACCUCCUACGACUUCGCAAUGGGCCAAUACGGCAUCAACAUGGCAGGCGUCUUCGGCGCCUGGUACCUAAUGAAAGUCGGAAUCGGACGUCGCACGCUCUACCUUGGCGGUCUCUGCGGUCUCUGCGUCAUGCUCUUCGUCAUGGGCUUCCUCGGCCUUGUACCUAGCUCCGAGCGCAAAACCAGCGCCAUGGCAACAGGCGCAAUGAUGAUUGUCUGGGCUAUGUUCUACCAGCUCACUGUCGGAACCGUAUGCUACUCGCUCGUCGCCGAACUGUCUACCCGCCGUCUAGCCAUCAAGACGGUCGUCUUGGGACGUAACUUGUACAACGUAAUCGGUAUCAUAACAUCCGUUCUCACUCCCUACAUGCUCAACCCUGGAGCUUGGAACUGGGGCAACUACGCCGGCUUCUUCUGGGGCGGCUCCUGCUUCCUCAGCAUAAUCUACACCUACUUCCGCCUCCCCGAGCCCCGUGGCCGCUCCUUCGCCGAGCUCGAUCUCCUCUUCGAGAAGAAAGUCAGCGCCCGCAAGUUCGCCUCCACCCAUGUCGACGUCUUUGAAGAUAGCCACGUCGAGGGCACUGCCGUCUUUGACAAGUAUGAGGAGAAAGUUGAUGCUGCUGUGAGAACCGAGUCUGUUGCUGCUUAGUGUUAAGAGAGUUUAAUGACGUUUGAUUGUUUUAGGGGAAUGCUUGAUACCGAAUGGUUGGGAGGACAUCUUUUCUGGGAUACCAAUGAUGAACUGCGUCGAUUUGUUUUGUUCUAUAUGAAUGUAUGAUGAGAUGAAAUCGGGCAUCUGUAUAUUCUAGGUCUAUUUAAUACCACGCUUAAACCCUUUCUACAUCGACUCCAUCUAUGAUAUCUGUACAAUUCACAAGUUGAUAUGUAACAAACCACGACUCGUAUACUUGAAACAAGAAGAGGGUAUCCAAAAGGACCAAUAGCACAAGCAAACAA